AUGGAAAUUAACCAUACGUGGCACUCAACAAGCAAAGUCGACGAGUCCUCCAAAGUCACAUUCAAUGUCGAUGCCUGUGAUCUCCGACACUCCCGACGGAUUGGUAAUCUUGAAGACACCGUUGGAAAGCUUUUGGAAUGCUCAGGUCCCAUUACACGGACUAUCGCCUUGUAUGGGUCACAAGGCCAAGAAAUUGAGAUUCACUUUAGAAUUUCCCCCAUCCAAUCGUCGACCAUCAACAAGUUGUCUAUCUCUUACAUCGACUUGCAAGAUUUGCCCUCUGUCCAUCAUGACACGUUCCGUGUUCAGGUGGCUAUAGACGACACUAUCUGGGAAAGCCCCUCAAAGCCCAGUCAUCAAAGACGCUCCAGAUGGACAGACGGAUAUGAUUUUCCAUUCCAACUCGACUCGCAUGCUUCGCUACAAAUUUUUGCGACACGUUGGCUCCACAAAAACAAACCGAUAGCUGUGGUGGAAGGUUCCGUGAAGGAAUGGCUCGCUGCACCCAACGGCGUUGUUCGCAAGACUCUCGAGUCUAGGGGUGCAAGAAUUCAGACAGAAUUCAAGGUCUCUCAGACUGCGGGUAUGUCCGCCACUGGUAAUUUCGACGUUGAGAAAGCUGCCGAUCCCAUGGUCGAGAAAAAUAACGAACUGGCCAUAAAGCAAAUCGAUGCAUUGGACAUUUCUGCCGUUAUCCUGGACAUCGACCGCGUUCCUAAAUUCGGAAAGCUGUCUUGGGAUGAUCGAUUCGUCCUCGAAAUCCAUGUGGCGAACGACGGAGAGUCUUAUAACAUCAUAUCUCAAGGACAACAGGGGGCGAAGUGCUUGAUAUGGGACACAACAUUCACAUUUAACGUUUCUCAAACAUCACGACUCGUGUUUCGUGUUCUCGGCUACGAUGGAAAAGAAAGCGAUCCAAUCCCUAUCGGUAUUGCUAUCUUCGAAGUCGAUGAACUUCUACAGCAAAACAGUCUGAUUAGACGUCCAUUUUUAUCCUCUGCAGCAUCCGUGCACAUAGAUGGAAUCCCCACUCUGUCUUUCAGAGCAGCACGAGCUGGUGCCACAUCAUUUACAGGUCAACCGUACUGCCGAACUAAUGUCCAACCCGACCAACCAAGAGACUAUGAUAGAGAUAAGAGAAUCAUCGAAGAUGCAAUUUCUCGGGCUAGCAGAGACAAUGGCGGCGAUGAACACCUUUAUCCUCUUCUGGUAAAGAUCGGUAUCUUUAUUUCGGUAGCUGAAAGACUGGCUAAGCUUCACCCAUACGCGAAUAUUGCAUAUUCGAUACUGGCAACAGGAUAUGAGGUCAUCAGGCAACAGAUCGCCUGCGAAAACGGCGUGAUUCGGCUGAUGCACACUAUGCAAGAAACUUACGAUCUCGUUAUGACUGUCGAUGCGCUCCCGCAUCUGCAUAAACAAAAAAACGUUCUCGAAGCUAUGGUGCAGCAAACAAUUGAAUGUGCAUUCUUUAUCCGCGAUUAUGUGGAUACUCGAGGCAGCUUUGCGCAAGUGAUCAGGAAUUCAGUACUGAACGUGGAAUCUCAGAUCAAAGAAUUCGAAAAUGCAUUCAAAGACCUGCAACGCAGUUUUCAGAGCUUUAUGGCUGUCUCUACACAGCUCACUGUACUCAAAAUCUUAGAAGAUGUUCGAGAUCUUGGUGCAAAAGCAGAUUUUCGCGAUAUGCCUUACGCUAUAGAUGCCAGAUGUGCCGCAUCAUGUCCCAUUCAUCUACCGACCCACUAUGCGGCACCCCCGGCUGACCUCAUUUCAUCCCUACAGAGCUGGGUUAUUGGAGACAGUAAGCAAUCAGAAAGGAUCUGCGUCUUGUCCGGACCUGUAGAGUUGUGCAGCGCCAUCGCGCUACUGAUUGGCGAACGAUUUCAGUUCGCGUUACGCCUUGGUUCCUCAUAUUGCUUUCGAGGCACCAGGCACAACGACACCCGGAGUUACACAAACCUUUUCUCAACAAUUGCCCUUGAUCUGGCAGAUCGUAAUGCUCAGUUCAAGCAGAAUCUCUGGAGGGCCGUGGGAAAUGAGACCAGUCUGCGCAAGACACGGGUGGCGAAGACGCAGUUUGAGGAAUUUAUCAUCGCUCCCUCUAGAGAUGUCGUUUGGAACGGACCAUAUCUGGUAAUCAUCGACGGUCUGGAGAUGGGGGGGAAUGAAGCCGCAAGGAAGGAGGUAUUGAGCGUUCUCGUCGAGAAAGGCGCCGAGCUUCCUAGAAACCUCCGAUUCCUGAUCACUUGCCAGCUGGAGGAUGAUAUAAGCAAAGCGUUUGGCAGUCAAUCGCAUAUUCUGCGCCGACAACUGGGAGAAGCUAGCUCUCCCUACAAUGUCGCGCGCGCAAAAUCCUCAGGAUUAGUAUGUGAGCGCAUAAUGCCUCAUCUUCUUCCCGUCGUGCUGCGAGCAUGGCGUGCAAUCAGACUUAAACCAAGUUCCCUUUCCCUACCGAGGUGUCAAGCUGGGCUUCUGUGGCACUUGAUUCAUUAG